AUUCCGUUUAUCAGGGAGGCCGGCCGAGACCGGGACCUCGGGCUCGGAGGGUCACGCGUUCGGGCGACGCUCCUCUCCUGCGCUCCAGCAGCCACUCCCGUCUCCCCCGCCUCUGCAUUUACCGUGUCGCGGACGCAGAUGCCCACGUCUCCGCGGUCCGUGCUCCACUCACCGCGCCCGCCUGCGACCGCGAGCUCUAUAUCCGUCCAACACAGCCAGAGUGCGCACGAUCCCACUGCCACUGCCCACUGCUGUGCUACCAACAGUAGCUAGCAAAACCAUGGAUGCGGACGCUCCGGCGACGGCGACGCCAUCCAGGAAGCCGGCGUCCCACUCCCUCCCGCCGCCGCCCGCACUGUUCGCCGCCCGCGCGCGCUCCCGGGUUGCCGACCUGGGUGCCGGCGCAGCGUUCCCAGCCCCCCCACCUGACACGCCGCCGCGCCGCUCGCCCAUCACCGUGCCGUUCCUCUGGGAGGAGGCGCCCGGGAAGCCCAAGGCGCUGCCCGCCGCCGCGACACCGGCUGCAGCCAACGCCGGCUCCUUUACCGAAGUCGCCGGUCGGCGUCAGGACAGAGGCCACGCGGACCUGCCUCGCCCCCUGCCGCUGAAGCUGCCCCCGCGGCUACAGCAGGCGGCGUCGUCGUUCGCCGCGGCGGACACCCCGCUGUCCCCCAAGACCGUGCUCCAGGGCGGCAGGAGGCGGCCGAGGUGGGCCCGGAGAGGCGCCUCUGCCUUCCGGAGGACGCCGAGCGCCGGCGGGGGACUCUUCUCUCGAAACUGGAGCAAGCCCACGGCGGCGGCAAGCAACAAGAACGGAGACGGUGACCAUGAGCGGGACGCGGCGGGCCCAGACGCCCCGUGGUGCUCCCCGGCGUCCUCGUCCUCUUCCUCAUCCGCCUCCACCUGCUUCGGCGUCGACGGCCACGGCCACGGAGGUCGCGCGAGGCCCGCCGACGGACGGGAGGUCUGCUCGGAGGAGGACGACGGCUCCCCGAGGGGCUCGGUGAGGAUCACGAGGUUUAGGCGGAACCGGAGCCUCCCCAGCAUGACCACGUCUAACCUCUGGGCAAGCAUCCGUAGGAGCGUCAAGCAAAUCACCCCAUGGAGCUAGAACUUCGGCGACUGGUACCGGCACUACUAGAAAUAAUCGCGAGCGCCGAACUGCAACCUGCGGUGCUCAAUGGACGCCGUGAAGAGUACAGGCUCAACUCAACAAGCCUGUAGGUAGGCGCUCAAUGUAACAUUGUGACUUGGCCCGAAAGAGAACAUAUUCGGUGUAUACCAGACUUUGAUACAUAUAUGGUACAUAUAAACUAAUAAAGUUUACAAAAAAA